UCCUUUGCGGCUGGUGCGGGGGAUAAAGGAAGAGCCACGAGAGGCCUCGUGCUUGCGAGGGCUCGAGGGUGGGAACAGGGCUUGUGUGGGAGCUGCUGCUGCUGUCAGUCGCUGGCCUUCCAGGUCCUCGGUUCUUAGUGCUCUCCCGGGAACCCCGCCAAGAUGUUCAAAAAAUUUGAUGAAAAGGAGAAUGUGUCCAACUGCAUCCAACUAAAAACGUCUGUUAUUAAAGGCAUUAAGAACCAGCUGAUAGACCAGUUUCCUGGGAUCGAACCAUGGCUAAACCAAAUUAUGCCAAAGAAAGACCCUGUGAAGAUAGUACGUUGUCAUGAACAUAUAGAAAUCCUCACAGUAAAUGGAGAAUUGUUGUUCUUCAGGCAAAGGGAAGGACCAUUUUAUCCCACGCUCAGAUUACUUCAUAAAUAUCCAUUCAUUCUACCACAUCAACAAGUUGAUAAAGGAGCCAUUAAAUUUGUACUUAGCGGAGCAAAUAUCAUGUGCCCUGGUCUGACGUCUCCAGGAGCUAAACUUUACCCAUCAGCUGCUGAUACAAUCGUGGCAAUAAUGGCCGAAGGAAAGCAACAUGCCCUGUGUGUUGGAGUCAUGAAGAUGUCGGCAGAGGAUAUUGAGAAGGUCAACAAAGGAAUUGGCAUUGAGAAUAUCCACUAUUUAAAUGAUGGUCUCUGGCAUAUGAAGACGUAUAAGUGAAGCAGCAGGAAGAAUCCAUUGCCUUUCAUCUUGGCCUGUUUUUAAUUCUUCUUUCAAAAUGUAUGAUUAAAUGUAAACUUUGUGGUGAUGCUAAAUAAAUCAAGUGAAUGCUGAAAUAUCA